AUGUCCCGGACGGUGCCACAUCCCGACUUGCACCUCGCGCGUCUGGAGUUACUCCCUCUUCGCCCCCGCGUAAGGCCUUCUCAUAGACGCGUGCUUGGUCGUAACUCCCGUCGCUAUAGCUCCUUGCGCGACGCGUAUGCGUGGGCGAUUGCCCCCGCGGACGCCGUCAAGGCAUUUAAAGCAAUCCUAGACGAGCUCCCCCCGGGCAGCCGAGAGACAAGCCAUAUGUUCCCCGCCCUUUACUUCCUUAUGGACCCAGCAACGAUCCCGCCCGCUGAAGAAGUUGCGGAGCUGGCCCCGUCGGCGGAGGCGGCGAUGGCGGACGGGGCGGCAUACCUGGCGUUCUUCCUCGAGAAGGUCGGCCCGGCGAAGACGGCGCCGUAUACCGCGCUGUGGCUCCGGAUGUUGCCGUGGGUGGACUUCUUCAACACCUACGGCGAGUUUCUGGCUGCGACACCGCUGCGCGUGACAUUCGUGCAGCUCUUCCUCUCGCUCGGCGCCGACGCCCGGAUCACGGAUCUCAGGGGGCUCCGGAUUCCGAGCAUCUGGGAGAAUCCGCGGUUCUCCUUCCUGCUGGGACAAGCACUCGCAGCGAUGUUUGAUAGCAAGACCAUUGUGGAUGGAGCGAUAGCGGACGAGGCGCGCUCUCUCAUAUUCAGGUUCAUCGAGGCGCGCAGUCCUCACGGCGACAUCAAUGUCGAGAACUUCUUGGAGGGUGUUGGCGGCGCUGGUCAGUGGGCGCUGGUCCUGGGCCAUAACCUGCGGAAAAUUACGCGCCGGUGGGCGGGCCGAUCCCACGUGAGUCCACGCGCGAUGACAUGCAUUGACGCGUUUGUCUUGGCCGCACGCACCAUGCUCGAUGUGGCAGAGCGCCAGGCAGACAACAGCCUCGACGCGGACUUCGUGGAUGGAUUGGUCGACGCACGGUACAUCGCGGGGCUUACGACUGCCCUCGGCAUCCUGGCGCUCCCGCGAAGCGACCCGACAGACGAUUUGGAAGAUCUCCACCAGGAGAUGCAAAACCAGGCGCUCCUACUGUUCAGACGACUGCUCGGCGAGGACCUGUCGGCUGUCCUCCUGCAGUCUGCGGUUUCGAAUGGGCUGCUCUCCGCCCUUGUGGCGCUAGCACGCUCUGUGACGGACGAAUUCACGGAGGUGGAAGAGGAGGUAACGGAGAUACUGCAGGAUGUGCUCCUGCCGGAGCUCCUGGAUCCACAAAUCAUCACGGCCCUCGCCAAGGACAUGCGGGACACCAAGGUCGAACAGUCGCUCCCCCGUGUGCCAUCACUGGAGGUCCGGCAGCUGUUCGUCACGCUGCUUACCCGCGUCAAGGUCCUCGAGGAGUGCUUGUCUCUCUGGGCCGUGCGCAAAGUUCGCGAUCGCAGACUGUGUGAUGCGGUUGGGUGCACCUCCAACGACAAAGCCGAGCAGCGGGCAUGCUCUGUCUGUGGCUUCCGCCGCUACUGCUCCGUGGCGUGUCAGCGGGCUGACUGGACCACAGGCGGGCACCGAGCAAUGUGCGCCGCGUAUCGCGAGGCAAACACUGAGCUGCAGGACUGUUCCACUGCCCCAACCCGCUCUUUCGUGCGCUUCCUCAUGGCGCGGGAGUACGCGCGGGACCAUCCCGCCCCAUCUCGGGGGCCGGCAGUCGCCGUAUUCGACUACCGCCAACAAAAGACCGGGUCCGAGUCAGAGCCUGGGGCCACCGGUCCCCGCCCGUUUGUGUCGGGUGCAGACUUCACGGGCCUACGCGACGCUGCGGAAAUACUCGAAGGCCUCGUUGAGCCCGACGUGUGGGCGGACUACUGCGCGCGCGCGACAGCGGACGCGGGAUUCGGAGUCGGGUGGAACAUUUGUGUUGUGGAGAGGCAGGGUGAUGCGCUCGUGUACGUCCAUCGCGUGCUGCGGGCGGCUUCAAGCGGUCCAUGGGAAUCUCUAAGAGAUGCAUAG